CUUGGUGAGUUUCGUUCACUUCCUCGGAUCGCCUCUCCACGAAUUACCGAGAGGUAAGAGAUAGUUACCAAGAGCAGGAAGGAUACAAUCCUUAUCGAGGACUUUAACGAUCUUGAUUGAUUUCAGAGUGCUGGGCGCUCUCAUCCAUCCACAGGAUGGGGGAACUCUUUAGAAGCGAAGAGAUGACGCUGGCUCAGCUCUUCCUCCAAUCAGAAGCUGCCUACUGCUGUGUCAGUGAGCUUGGAGAGAUCGGGAUGGUGCAGUUUCGCGAUUUAAACCCUGAUGUUAACGUCUUCCAGCGAAAGUUUGUUAAUGAAGUGCGGCGAUGUGAGGAGAUGGAUCGCAAAUUAAGAUUUGUGGAAAAGGAAAUUAAGAAGGCCAGCAUCCCAAUAAUGGACACAGGAGAGAACCCAGAAGUCCCUUUUCCAAGGGACAUGAUUGAUCUAGAGGCUACAUUUGAGAAGCUCGAAAAUGAGCUGAAGGAAAUAAACACCAACCAGGAGGCCCUAAAGAAGAACUUCCUGGAAUUGACUGAGCUCAAGCACAUUUUGCACCGCACUCAGCAGUUUUUCAACGAGAUGGAAGAUCCCAGUUUGCUUGAAGAGUCCUCCAUGCCCCUGGAUUCCAAUGAGCCGAACAGAGCCGCUCCUCUGAGACUUGGAUUUGUGGCUGGAGUCAUAGGCAGGGAGCGUAUUCCCACAUUUGAAAGGAUGCUGUGGAGAGUUUGCAGAGGAAACGUUUUCCUGCGGCAGGCAGAUAUUGAAGACCCUCUGGAGGACCCUUCCACAGGCGAUCAGGUCCACAAGUCUGUCUUCAUCAUAUUUUUCCAAGGAGACCAGCUGAAGAACAGAGUCAAGAAAAUCUGCGAGGGGUUCAGAGCAACGUUAUACCCGUGUCCAGAAACGCCUCAAGAGAGGAAAGAGAUGCUUGCAGGAGUGAACGCUCGCAUUGAUGACCUGCAAAUGGUUCUGAACCAGACGGAAGAUCACAGGCAGAGAGUCCUGCAGGCUGCGGCCAAGACAGUCAGGGUGUGGUUCAUUAAGGUGAGGAAGAUGAAGGCCAUCUAUCACACCCUAAACCUCUGCAACAUCGACGUCACACAGAAAUGUCUGAUCGCCGAAGUGUGGUGUCCUGUGUCUGACAUGGACUCCAUCCAGUUCGCCCUGCGGAGGGGGACGGAGAAAAGCGGCUCCACCGUGCCUUCCAUUCUCAAUCGGAUGCAAACUAAACAGACUCCACCCACGUAUAACAAGACGAACAAGUUCACCUCAGGGUUCCAGAACAUUGUGGAUGCUUAUGGGAUUGGCAACUACCGUGAAAUAAACCCAGCACCAUACACCAUCAUUACCUUCCCCUUCCUGUUUGCCGUCAUGUUUGGUGACUUGGGCCAUGGGACCCUCAUGACCUGCGCGGCUCUGUACCUUGUGUUAAGAGAGAGCAGGCUGAUGGCCCAGAAGAAUGAUAACGAGAUAUUCAACAUGGUGUUUUCUGGACGUUACAUCAUCCUGCUGAUGGGAAUAUUCUCAAUGUACACUGGCCUCAUUUAUAACGACUGCUUCUCCAAGUCCCUCAACAUGUUUGGCUCUGGAUGGAGCGUUAGACCCAUGUUUACAGAAGCCAACUGGUCUGAUGAAACGCUUGGUGGAAACGCAGCCUUGCAGUUGGAUCCUGCAGUAAAGGGAGUGUUUCGAGGGCCAUAUCCACUUGGAAUUGAUCCAAUCUGGAGUAUUUCCAUCAACAAGCUCACAUUUCUGAACUCCUUCAAGAUGAAGAUGUCUGUUGUCUUAGGAGUCAUCCACAUGAUCUUUGGUGUCACUCUAAGCCUCUUCAACCACCUGUAUUUUAAAAAGCCGCUGAACAUCUACUUGGGAUUCAUCCCAGAGAUUGUCUUUAUGUCCAGUCUGUUUGGCUACUUGGUCAUUCUGAUCUUCUAUAAGUGGGUCUCUUAUGAUGCGCUAACCUCCAGGGAUGCUCCCAGUCUCCUCAUUGCUUUCAUCAACAUGUUCCUCUUCAGCUACAAUGACCCCACUUCUAAACCUCUCUACAGGGGGCAGAUGGGUCUCCAGAUAUUCUUGGUGCUAAUAGCGUUAGCAUGUGUCCCCUGCAUGUUGAUUGUAAAAACUCUGGUUAUGCGGAGGCAGUAUUUAUGGCAAAAAAAUCUGGGCACACAGAACUUUGGAGGAAUCCGGGUCGGCAACGGUCCCACCGAGGACGAGGCCAACAUUAUCCAGCACGACCAGCUGGCGCAGCAGUCAGAAGAAGAACCGGAGAGUUCCCUUUUGUUACCCGCUUUCAAGGCCGCCGAGGAGGAAGAGUUUAACUUUGCAGACAUGGCUGUGCAUCAGGCGAUUCACACCAUCGAGUACUGCCUUGGCUGCAUCUCUAACACCGCUUCUUAUCUCAGGCUCUGGGCCCUCAGUUUGGCUCAUGCACAGCUAUCAGAGGUGCUUUGGUCCAUGGUGAUGCGCAUCGGCCUCUCUAGAAGCCCUGCAGGCUUUAUCCUUAUGGCCAUCAUCUUUUCCUUCUUUGCCGUUCUCACAGUUGCAAUUCUUCUCAUUAUGGAAGGACUGUCAGCCUUUCUGCACGCACUUCGACUGCACUGGGUGGAAUUCCAGAACAAAUUCUACGUAGGUCAAGGCUUCAAAUUUCUUCCCUUCACCUUUGAAAGCAUCUUAGAAGGAAGAUUUGAUGAAUGAAAGAAACCACUUUAUAACAGGUUCUACCAGAACUUCAGUUUGUGUUGUUUAUUUUUCUGUUCUUUUCCCGUCUGUGUUUAAGUCUCCAUGUUGCCACAGCAGCUGUGGUGAUGACCCAUGACCUGGUGAUCCUAUAGAAGUUUUGUUUUAUGUUAUUUCCUUUAUUGUUAUUUAUACCGUUGUUGUUUUCUUUGUAAGACCUGUAUUGCUGUGCUAUUGCUGUUGGAGCCUCUGAAUGAUAAACUAGAUCUGCUGAUGAUAAAAGGCUGAUUGAAGUGUUAGUUC